AUGGAUUCGCUUUUUCGCGACUUUGGCGAGGCAACCUCGAAGCGUGCGGGAUAUCAACUUGCCAGCACUUUCACGCCCGAGGCCCCGUCCAGUGACCCUGAUCGCCUUCUGAAGAUCUGGCGCAGCACGAACUAUCAUGAGGCCAGGAACCUUAUCAAACGCAACAUUCAACGAGCAACAUCGUCCACGGGGCUUUCCAGGUCAACAGUAGAGGGAUGGGUGGAAGUGUACUAUCUAUUUUGGAAGGCAAUCGGAGAGAUCCUGACCGUGACUGGUCAGCUUGGCGACAAUGACACGACCUCAUGGACCAAAGUGUUCGAGACCUGGAGGGAUCUGACCACUGCCAUAACUAGAGGCUACACUAAUCAUGGCUUUGAGGCCUGGUCCAUACCCUGCGUCUACGUCAUCGGCAAGUAUCUGAGGAUAUUCGCGAUCAAAGCUGAUGACGAGAGGAGCAAGAACGCCAAUGACCAAGGCGCCUCUUUCCAGGACGAUUUCGACCCUGAGACAGAGAAGCACCAGCAUCUUGAAGACUGUGCAAGACAACUGAACCGCAUCUUCACUCUGUGCUUGAGCGACCGAACCCCGGAUCUUGCCGAGUCAAGGAAAUGGGGCAUUUAUGGCGUCAUCAACCUUCUCUUCAAGACAUAUUUCAGGUUGAAUUCAGCCAGCCUCUCCAGGAAUGUCCUCAAAGCACUGAAUGCUUACCAGGGCGAUAUGCCAGCUCUUGACUCAUUCCCGCUUUCGCAGCAGGUGACCUUCAAAUACUACCAGGGUGUGCUGUUCUUCCUUGAGGAGAACUACACAGAGGCAGAGAAGCAUCUGACCGCCGCAUGGAUGCUUUGUCACAAAGAUGCCAAACGAAAUCAAGAAUUGAUCCUAACCUACCUCAUUCCAUGCCAUCUACUCACCACUCAUACCCUACCCACUCAAGAGCUUCUCAGGCCCUAUCCUAGACUGCAGGCUCUUUUCGGCCCGCUCUCGCAAUGCAUCAAGAAGGGUCAGCUGCACAACUUUGACCUAGCACUUCAAGAAGGCGAGGAGGAAUUUGUCAAGCGCCGGAUCUACCUAACUCUAGAACGAGGCCGUGAUAUCGCCCUGCGAAACCUGUUGCGCAAAGUCUUCAUUGCUGGCGGCUUUGAGGAAGCCAAGGAGCCUGGCGCGUCACCAAUGAGGCGGACUCGAGUACCUGUCGCAGAAUUUGCCGCGGCUAUCAGUCUAGGCAGUCAAGAGAGGAUCGAUGGGGAUGAGGUCGAGUGCCUGCUAGCCAACAUGAUCUACAAGAACCUCAUGAAAGGCUACAUACAUCGUGAGAGGGGCAUUGUUGUAUUGAGCAAGGCUGGUGCGUUCCCUGGUACAGGUGUCUGA